UCGGGCUGUAACUAGCCGGAGCCUGACUGCGCCGAGUAAGCGCAAGGACGAGCCUCCAAAUAAAUCUCCUUCGGGUCGAACCCGGCAGAGCCCCGGCCCUGCUGGGAGGCAGAGCACGGAAACGAGCGAACUGCGAGCUUUCGGAGAAGGCCCAGGUAGUGCCUCUUCGGAUGUCGCUACGGGGGUGAAAUCGUGGAUUUUUCCGAGCCUCCCCCCCCCCACCCCUGGACUCCCGGCCACUGAGGUGCUGAUUGCACUGUCAUCAAGGUGGCCGAUGCAAGGAUGAGGCCUGUCAGAGGCCUACUACUCCGAGAGCAGACAGGGCACGGUGUCAGCUGUGAUGCAUGUUUGAAAGGUAACUUCAGAGGUCGGAGAUACAAGUGCUUAAUCUGCUACGACUACGACCUGUGCGCAUCGUGUUACGAGAGUGGAGCAACCACAACAAGACACACAACAGAGCAUCCCAUGCAGUGUAUAUUAACAAGGGUAGAUUUUGAUUUGUAUUAUGGUGGGGAAGCUUUCUCAGUAGAGCAGCCCCAGUCUUUUACUUGUCCUUAUUGUGGGAAAAUGGGUUAUACAGAGACAUCCCUACAAGAACACGUCACUUCAGAACAUGCAGAAACGUCAACAGAAGUGAUCUGUCCAAUAUGUGCAGCAUUGCCUGGAGGCGACCCCAAUCAUGUUACAGAUGAUUUUGCAGCUCAUCUUACACUUGAACACAGAGCACCUAGAGAUUUAGAUGAAUCCAGUGGUGUCCGACAUGUACGUAGGAUGUUUCACCCUGGGCGAGGGUUAGGAGGUCCUCGUGCCCGCAGAUCAAACAUGCACUUUACUAGCAGUUCCACUGGUGGGCUCUCAUCUUCACAGAGCUCAUCAUAUUCUCCAAGCAAUAGGGAAGCCAUGGAUCCCAUAGCUGAGCUUCUAUCUCAGUUGUCAGGGGUGAGACGCUCGGCAGGGGGGCAGCUGAAUUCUUCCGGCCCCUCAGCCUCUCAGUUACAGCAACUGCAGAUGCAGCUGCAGCUGGAGAGACAGCAGGCGCAGGCGGCACGGCAACAGCUGGAGUCGGCGCGGAACGCGACGAGGCGCACCAACACGAGCAACAUCACCACCACCAUCACGCAGUCCACGGCAACGACAAACACCACCACCACGGAAAACAAUCAGCAGGCCACCCAGAAUUCUCAGUUUCUCCUCACAAGGUUGAACGACCCGAAGAUGACGGAAGCAGAUCGCCAGUCCCUGGAAAGUGAACGGGCAGAUCGCAGUCUGUUUGUCCAGGAGCUUCUCCUCUCCACUUUGAUGCGGGAAGAAAGUUCCUCCUCAGACGAGGACGAACGGGGGGAAUUCGCCGACUUCGGCGCUAUGGGAUGUGUAGAUAUUAUGCCUUUAGAUGUUGCUUUAGAAAACCUAAAUUUAAAAGAAAGUAAUAAAGGAAACGAGCCUCCACCACCUCCUCUUUGAUGACAUCCCACUCCGCAGACAAUGUCCUCUGUGCUGUAACUGCCAAUGAAAGUGGACAACAACUAUUUUUGGGUUUGUUUUGGUGAUUGUAAUUUCAGGUCUGUCACUCUUGUUACAUUGUGUACAUUCAUAAAGGAGCGAGAGAGGAAAAAAAAUGAAAUAUAUAUAUAUAAAAAGAUAAUCAAUUCCACAUAACUAAUUUUUACUUCUAGCAGGUAAACUUAGGUAGCAGUGCCAGAGGCAGAUUCUGCUUCCUGUUCCUUGACAUGCAAAAGGCUCUCCUAAUAAAUACUCCACAUUCAAACUGAAGAGGAAACAAAAAAUUGAAAAAAAAUCUCUAAUGAAGCUGCUGUGUGUAUUUAUGAAUAUUAAUGAAUAAAAACUGCUUGGAUGGUUUACCAUAACUACUGCAUGAGGUUUUUUGCAGAGUGCAUGAGUUUUAAUGACUUUGUCAUUAAAAAAAAAGGAAAUAAUAUCCCAAAGCUUUCUUUAACUAUUUUUUAAGGGUUCCCUGCAAAGGAUUUUGAAACAAACCUAGCAAAAACAAAUUGAGGGACAUUUUGAUGGUGUUUAUUUUCCCAACCUGCAGUAAGCUUAAAGAGGAGCAAUGCAAUGCAUUUGUUUUACAGCACGUUUCUAAGGCGAGCUUCUGUGUCCUUUUUCUUCAGUGUAACAUUUGUUGUGUGACUGCUUUUCUCCGACGUUAGUCCCAAAACAUGUACGUCAGUUCUUUCAGCGCUUCUGUUCGCCAGCUGAGGAUCUGUAUUUUUGGGGGGGAGGAGGCAUCAAUGGUUGACCUGAGAACUGCUGCAGAAAUCCCCUCUGGAGGCCAUAGAAGAAAUCUCCUACGCAUUUGAAAAAAGCAACUUGCUUCUGAUAUACUUUUUUCUUAUAUUGUGAUGUUUUAGUGAUAUCAAGCUGUUUGAACACCGGGUGUAGUUUUACUCAUUUAUGCACUGUACAGAAGACGAGACCUCUGAAUAUUAUUCAUCUUGUUAGUUUUUUUUAACUUGUUUCCUGACUUCCUGCCUCUCCUCAGAUGCAUACACACAUUGUUUAGGUUUCUUUUCUGUGUUGUGGAGUUUGUUUUUCAUAUCAGGAGAGCCUGAGAUUUAAACUACAACCAUUGUGUUCUUUAUAUUCUAAAAAAAAUGUUCUGAUUUACUCUAUGCUAACAUUAGCACCUUUUUAUUUAUUCUGAUUUUCUUUUUGAAGUGAGUUUUUUAAGCCUUUUGUUGGAAUCAUGCCACCUACAUGCCUAUACUAUUAAUCCUUUAUGUAAAAUACAAUGAGAUGUAUAUUAAAUUUGUGCGUAAACUUUCAUAAUGGUUCUAGAACAAGGGCGGACUUUUUUUUAAUGUAAAUUUAGAGUUCAACAAUAAAAACUGCGCACAGCUUUUGAUGAAAUUAUCACAAGACCUGUUAUCGUGUUUCUCACCGUGUCUGCUUUGCUUUUUCCCAGUGCCUGUAGUCAUGCCAUGUGAUGAUUUUCUGAGAAGGUCGGCAGUUUUACUCUUCAGUUAAUCGACUCUGCACACAGCCGCUCUUUUUUAAAGCAUUAAUGUUGCUCAGUGGUACUUAUUGUGUGGAGUUUCUUUAAAACUGCUACAAUGAAUUUUGUAAGCAAUUGGCACUAUUUUGAUUCAAGAUGUUUCCUCAGUUCACAUCUGCUAUGAAUACAUUGACUCAGUAAGAUGAACAUCAAAAAGGUGUUUGUCUUUUGUAUGUUCUGAACAUCUAAAGUAGGUACAGCAAGGGCAGUUUUGCCACACUUUUCGAUAAAGCAAUUCAUUCUCUAUUCUAGGAACUGAUUUUUUCGGGGCUAACAAGAUUUGAAUCCCAAAAAUUCCCUUUUCUGUUUUUGACCAUAGCAGGGCAUGUUAUCGUGGCUUCUGUAGGUGCUGCAAAACUGGCUCUUUUAGUUUAAUUUUCAUUUAAAAUUUGUGAUUUUAAUUUUAACUAUAGGUUUAUAUUUUUAUGAUUGCUGUACAUUUCCAGGGUUCUGAAAAUUAUGUUGAGUUUCAGUCUUGAGUUGUCAUUUUAGGAGAAUCUUUUGUGAUAAUACUUCUCCGCGUUCCUGGAAAGACCAAAGAAUUGGUUGUGUUCUGGAUCACAGCUGUUUAUUAAUUUCUUCUGAUUUAAGCAUGCACUGUUUUUGGGACAAUACACAAGCAUUAGUUAUUUUUAUGUACAGAACCUAAUUUGAACCUUUUAGAACUGCCUUAAAUAAAGAAAAAUAAUGCAUCA